AUGGGUGAGGACGUGGAGAUCAGCUCAGGGUCCCAUAAGGGCCGGCACGGCGCCGUGUUGAAAUGCGAUCCGGUCUCCGAGCGCUUCAGCGUGAGCCUGGAGCGCCCCUUGGAAGUCUCGGCCUUCGACGUCGAGGUCCUCAGCUGUGCGAGAGCGGGGGCAGUUCCGAACGCGGAGCAGAACUGUUCUGCAGACCAUUGCAAGAUGGAGGCCCGCCACCCGGUGUCCUGCCGCGAUCACUGUCGCAGCCAGGGUCUUCAGUGUCUCCGUGCCUGGCGCCGGGGUGAUGGUCGCUGCAAAGAGGAGGGGCUCCUUCCUUGCGACCACCAUCGGGGUGGGGACAAGAUCUGCGAAUGCGUUCCGCACGUCCGGCCGGAUUUGUGCUUCCAGAAGGGCCUCACCUUUCGGCCCCUGAACAUGCCGAAGCAGGGGCGCAGCCAGGAGCCCGAGGCGUUGAGCUGCCAGCGGCGCUGCGCCAAGGUUUUUGGCUGUGCCCACUUCUCCUACUGGACGGAUGGUGGCUGCCAUCUGCAGGACGAAAAAGCACAGCUCGAAGGAAGCGACGGCGUGAUUUCGGGCCCUGCCUCCUGUCUGCUUCAGCCUGCACACCGGGGUGCCGGCGGGUGCCUCAGCGAAGGCGUCAGCUAUGACCCCUUAGACAUGAAGGGCCAGUCGCGCACCAGUGGGUCUCUGAAAAAGUGCCAGCAGCGCUGCGCCGGCGUCCGUGGCUGCGUGCAUUUCUCCUUCUGGGCCGACGGGGGCUGCCACCUCCAGGAUGACCGGGCCGUGGCCAAAGGAAGCCCUGGAGCCAUGUCCGGAAGGCCCAACUGCUACGUUGAGGCGCCUGCGCAAGGGCUCGCGGUGGAAAACACCAGCGGAGUGGAGAGCCUCCGCGGCAGCUCAGGCGCCUGCGCCAGCCUGGUGGACGUUCAGCACCACUGCCAAGCAGCAGAGGGCUGCAAGGUGGUGGUGGCGCACAUGGAUCGGCGCUCCUGCGAAGUCUAUUGCGAGGACGAAGGUCUCAGCUGCAGCGGUGCUUGGGAAGGCCAGGCGUGUGGCGCUUCGAAGCCGAUGGACUGCGACAGGCUCCCGGGGAGCACGACCAUGACUUGCCACUGUGUUCGCAGCUCGAAGAAGUCGCAACACGCCCACGAGAGACACAGACACGCGAAAGGCGCAGAGUCGAGUGACUCCUGGGGCUUCCAUUGCAACUCGGAUGUCGAGGCCUGGAGUGAGGAAAAGCGCUGGUGGUGCUGCCGAGAGCUGGAAGUCGGCUGUGAGACAGCCUCCGCCAAGAGCUUUUUCUGCGACCCUUCCGACGAUUUCGAGAUGUGGGAGGAGGAUGCUGGAUAUUUAAGUGAACUCUUGUCAAAGGAAAAGAGGCGUUUCUGCUGUCGGGAGGAGGGCCUCUGCGCGGAGGACGGGGAGUCCGAAUACAGUGAAUCCGAGGACGGCGAGUCCGAGGAUGGGGAGAGUGCGAUGCUCGAACGGGAGACUAGCGAGGACGGCGAGUCCUACGACUGCGAGCUGCUCAACCAGGAGCCCCCCAGAAGCUUGAGACAUCGGGGAGCAUGCUCAGGGGACUGCAGGAUACACUGUGUUCCCCAACCUGACGGCUGA